AGCUAAACCAUGGCCUCUUUCCUCCACCAGGGUUGCCAGGUUGAUUCUUUUCCCACAUCAUCCAUAAGCUAUUUAAAUGGCUUUAAUCAGCUGAUUAGCAGCCACUAGCAUCAUAUAUGCCACAUACAUUCAUUUAAAUAAUAAAUGAGCCUAUUUUAUGAUGUAGUGAAUGUUUUUUCCAUCCUGAUUGAAGCGGGAAUCACUGAGUCAGAUUUGGAUCCCGGGUUUCUGCCAAACACACAGCCAAAACAAAAGGAAGAACGGAAACCGGAGCUGAGGAAACGUAACAUUCCGGUUCUCGACUCGAGACGCUUUCCGCACGCGCACAUACGGGUUCUUCAUAUGGAGUGAGGGAUUUUUUUUUUUUAUGUUAUUUAAUUUUAUUUAUUAUUUUUUUUCUCGUUGGGCGUAAACGGAACGGCUACGGAUGAGAGUGUCUUUAACAAACGCGGACGGACAUUCAGCUAUGUAAAAAAACAAAACAAAACAACAACAAUAACAAUAACAACAACAAAAAAAAACCCGUCGUUUUCUCAUCUCAGCUGACGCCUUGAACGUGCGCGAGCGCGGAGGCGGAUUCCCCGCGCGCGCACUGAAUGAAGGAGGCCAGAAAGAGGACGCUCGAGCGCUACACAAUUUAAAGGGGCAAAAAAAACCCGAAUAUUUGCCUGGUAAUUAUUAUUUGGAGGAUUUUUUUUUUACACACACACACACACCUCACGGUAUCUGCUUAUAUGUGUCACUUUGAGACCACAACGUGGACCACAAGGACCUUAAUUGAUCAGGUUGAUCAGCUUCAUCAUUGAUGAACCUCAUCAUUUCCUUUCUUGACUCAGUGGCUUGUCGCAGGACUUUUAACAGAUUUGACAGAAAAUGACAUCAGGACAGUUCCUGAAGCUUGUCAUAUCCAUUGGUUCUGACGUUUCAUGAGGCCACUGAAUAUGGCUGAACUUGAAGGACUUGGAUCUACAUUCACACUAGCAACCCUCUGAAUGGGGGUUCAGUAAGUCCCCAUGUCUCUGUCCGAUUGAAUGUUUCCUUUCAAAUGCUGUGAGGUCAAAGGAAAAAGAGGAGGUAUCUUGGUGUUUAACAAGAGGACACUGCCUAUAGAGACAGUGGAGGACUUUAAGAGUGUUUGUUGGCCCUUGUUGGGUCACAUCCCAAUUCUCUCCUCACUUCCCUCAGGCCUUUUAGGCCUUCCUUUCUUCAUCCCCCUGUUCACUCAGCUUCCACCAUUCGCCCCUCACUGGCCACAGCUGUCCUCCCUCCCCGUUCCCGCCCCCACCAACCCAUCCCUGCUCCUCACCCUACCCCUAGCCACCCCACCCCCCACCCUUCCAUGGCCACCAGCACAGCACGAGAGCAUCUUCUGGUGGUGCGGAGGCGCAGCCCGCACAUGCGAUACACGCUGGGACCGGAAAACCUGCGCAGUAGUGGCAGUGGCGGAACAUCCAGAGGAGGCGCUGCAACUGAGACAAUGGGUCUACAACGGGCCAACAGUGAUACGGACCUGGUCACAUCAGACAGUCGCUCCUCCCUUACUGCCUCCACCUAUCAGUUCACCCUGGGAAGAGGACAGAACCUCGUCAUCUCCUGGGAUAUCAAGGAGGAAGUGGAUGCCACAGACUGGAUCGGGCUUUACCACAUUGAUGAGACGUGUCCGGCUAACGUGUGGGACUCGAAGAACCGCGGCGUCAAUGGCACACAGAGGGGACAGAUCGUCUGGAGGCUGGAGCCUGGGCCUUAUUUCAUGGAGCCUGAGACCAAAAUCUGCUUCAAAUAUUACCAUGGAGUGAGUGGAGCUUUAAGAGCGACGACGCCCUGCAUCACUGUAAAGAACCCUGGCGUGCUGGCUGGACCAGAGGGACAAGCGGACGGCCAGUCUGUGACGGAGCAUUGCCGAAAACUCGUCAGCUUCACAUUAUCAGAUAUCAGAGCUCAGGGCCUAAAGAAAGGCAUGUUCUUCAAUCCGGACCCGUAUCUAAAGAUGAGCAUCCAGCCUGGAAAACGCAGCGGCUUCCCUGCCUUCACACACCACGGCCAAGAGAGACGAGCCUCCAUCAUCUCCAACACCACCAACCCUGUGUGGCACGGAGAGAAAUACACCUUCGUCGCACUCAUGACGGAUGUUUUAGAGAUCGAGGUGAAGGACAAAUUUGCUAAAAGUCGGCCAAUCAUCAAGCGCUUUUUGGGUCAGCUGACCAUACCUGUGCAGAGGCUUCUGGAGAGGCAUGCAGCGGGGGAUCAGCCUGUAAGUUAUACUCUGUGCCGCCGCUUGCCCACGGACCAUGUGAGCGGUCAGCUACAGUUCAGGGUGGAGAUCACAUCUACUGGACAUGAGGAUGUUAUGGGCUCACUCCUGGGUGCAUCGUCUGUGAACGGAGACCCGGGCAGCCCCUCUGAUGAUGAGGACGUGGUCCCUCAGACCUCCCGCAUCCCCAGGGCUGCGUCUCCAACCGGCUCUGAGGCCUCUCUCCACAACGAGGCGUUUAGGACUGACGAAGGUCCAUUGGAAGCUGACGAAGAGCGCCAUCUUAGGGAUGUAGUCAUCGAUUCGGGACACACCCAGAGGCAGACCUCUCUCAAUGAUUACCUGGACACCAUCGAGGCUCCGAAUGGCCCCAGAGAUCGGCCCCUGGGAGCGGCGUCGCCCAAACUGCGCUCCAGCUUCCCCACUGACACACGGCUCAACGCCAUGCUGCACAUCGACUCAGAUGAAGAUGAGGAAGCACACGUCUCUCAGGGGUUGGCCAAUGGAGUAGCGUCUGAACAGGAGCAGAGGGAGGGGUCUAAAACAGAGGGGGAGGGGAGUCCCACUGGCAGAGAAGAAGCAGCGGCUUCACAGUCAGCUAGCAGCACUGCAAAUACCCAAAAUGGCGGCGUGGAAGGGAGCCAGGAGGGAACGGCUAGUGCAUCGGCCCAGUCACAGUCUGUAUCCCAGAAUCCAGCAGCUCAAGAUAAAGAUGCAGCCAGGGAGAGCGUGAGCGAGGAGGUCUUUGUAGCGAGCGAAGCCAGCAUUUCCGAAGCCUCUGCAGCUAGCUCUGGUGUAGCGAGCGCAGAGGGUGGAGCUUCUGCAGAGGACCAACCAGAGCCUGGCGUCUCUCAGGACCAGCCUAAUGAAGCCAAUGGGCAGGAGGAAGGCGAGGAGGUGUGGAGGAGGAGGCAGAGCUUGCUAGCAUCAGGGGAGGAGUCACAGGCAGAAGGGGCGGAGUCAUCAGGAAGACAGAGAACUGAUUCAGCAGAAACAGAUGGGGAGUCAGGAGCCAGCGCUCAGGUGAACGGUCAUCAGCCUGUCCGCUCUCUUCCAGCUGUACGUCACGACAUCAGCCGCUACCAGAGAGUGGACGAACCGCUACCACCAAACUGGGAGGCUCGCAUCGACAGCCACGGGAGAAUAUUUUAUGUGGAUCAUGUGAAUAGGACCACCACCUGGCAGCGACCCACAGCUCCGCCCGCUCCUCAGGUCCUGCAGAGAUCCAAUUCCAUCCAGCAGAUGGAGCAGUUAAACCGCCGGUAUCAGAGUAUCCGGAGAACGAUAACCAACGAGCGCACGGACGAGCAGGCGGCAGAGAUGCCCUCGGACGACACAGACCUGAUGCACCACACCAUUCCUGAGUACCGCAGGGAUGCAGCGGUGGGAGCUGCUAACUAUUGCUCACGCCUCUCAUUGCUGCUUCAGUCACCCAGCGCCAAAUUUCUCACCAGCCCCGACUUCUUCAGUGUGCUCCACUCCAACCCCAGUGCCUACCGCAUGUUUACGAGUAACACGUGUCUGAAGCACAUGAUCAGCAAGGUGCGGCGCGACGCACACCACUUUGAGCGUUACCAGCACAAUCGCGAUCUAGUGACCUUCCUCAACCUGUUUGCCAACAAGCAACUGGAGCUGCCACGUGGCUGGGAGAUGAAACAUGACCACGCUGGCAAGCCGUUUUUUGUGGACCACAACUGCCGCUCCACCACCUUCAUAGACCCGCGGUUGCCUCUGCAAAGUGCUCGGCCCAGCGGCCUGCUCGCUCACCGCCAGCACCUGAGCCGCCAGCGCAGCCACAGCGCCGGAGAGGUGGGUGAUGAUCCACGUCACGCCGGCCCCACUGUCCUACCCCGGCCCUCCAACACCUUCAGCGCUGCUGCUCGCAAUCAGUGCCAGGAUCUCGUACCUGUUGCCUACAACGAUAAGAUUGUGGCCUUUUUAAGGCAGCCGAACAUAUUUGAGAUCCUGCAGGAGAGACAGCCCGAGUUCAGUAGGAAUCACUCACUCAGGGAGAAGGUGCAGUUUAUCCGAAACGAGGGCGCAGCCGGCUUGGUGCGUCUCUCCAGCGAUGCAGAUUUGGUCAUUUUGCUCAGCCUGUUUGAAGAGGAAGUGAUGUCGUACGUGCCCCCCCAUGCCUUAUUGCACCCCAGCUACUGUCAGUCUCCACGGGGUUCUCCGGUUUCUUCCCCGCAGAACUCGCCUGGCACACAACGAGCCAACGCGAGGGCUCCCGCGCCAUACAAGCGAGACUUCGAGGCCAAACUCCGCAAUUUCUACCGCAAGCUUGAGACCAAGGGCUACGGCCAGGGGCCGGGGAAAGUCAAGCUGAUCAUGCGCAGAGACCACUUGCUUGAAGAUGCGUUCAACCAGAUCAUGUGCUACUCCAGGAAGGACUUGCAGCGAAGUAAACUUUACGUCAGCUUCGUCGGAGAGGAGGGGCUGGACUACAGCGGCCCUUCGAGAGAGUUUUUUUUCCUGGUGUCACGCGAGCUCUUUAACCCUUACUACGGCCUGUUCGAGUACUCAGCCAAUGACACCUACACCGUCCAGAUCAGCCCCAUGUCUGCCUUCGUCGACAAUCAUCACGAAUGGUUUCGGUUCAGUGGCCGCAUCCUCGGCCUGGCUCUUAUCCAUCAGUACCUGCUUGAUGCCUUUUUCACACGACCUUUCUACAAGGGCCUACUGCGCAUUCCAUGUGAUCUCAGUGAUUUAGAGUACCUGGAUGAGGAAUUCCACCAGAGCUUGCAGUGGAUGAAGGACAACGACAUCGAGGACAUGUUGGACCUCACCUUCACUGUUAACGAGGAAGUGUUCGGACAGAUCACCGAGCGAGAGCUAAAGCCUGGCGGCGCUAACAUCCCUGUUUCAGAGAAAAACAAGAAGGAGUACAUAGAACGCAUGGUGAAGUGGAGGAUAGAGAGAGGAGUUGUUCAGCAGACCGAGAGCUUGGUGCGAGGUUUCUAUGAGGUGGUGGACGCUCGGCUCGUGUCCGUGUUUGAUGCCCGGGAGCUGGAGCUGGUGAUCGCUGGCACAGCAGAAAUCGAUCUGAGCGACUGGAGGAACAACACAGAAUAUCGAGGAGGUUACCAUGACAACCACAUUGUAAUCCGCUGGUUCUGGGCAGCAGUGGAGAGAUUCAAUAAUGAACAGAGGCUGAGGUUGCUUCAGUUUGUAACAGGGACCUCCAGUAUUCCCUAUGAAGGUUUCGCCUCACUCAGGGGUAGCAAUGGCCCUCGCCGCUUCUGUGUGGAAAAGUGGGGCAAGAUCACGUCAUUACCCAGGGCUCACACGUGUUUUAAUCGUCUCGACCUGCCGCCGUACCCCUCGUUCUCCAUGCUGUACGAGAAGAUGCUGACCGCAGUAGAGGAGACCAGCACCUUUGGUUUGGAGUGAACUUUGACCCCUGUGUCUUCGCGAUUCUUCAGGAACCUCCACAAAACUGUUAGCAAACGCACUUCCGAUUCCAUUUCCGUGCACCAAUCAGUGACGAGUGUAGUCAGUCCUCCCAGUCGGUCGGGAGCGAGAGCAGAGCAUGCACCUGGGAUCAAAGAAAACGGGAUGGAGGAAAUCACCGGAAAGACGGAGGCGCGGUGGGUGAGUUGUAGCUCACUCAGAAGGUUGUUGGUUCAAAUCUCAAGCCUGCCACGGGCGGGUCCUUUGAACUCUUUUUUUGCAUCACAAGUAGGACAUCUGCCAAAAUGCUGGAAACGCUCUGCUGCUGUUCUGGACGUCCGAACACGGAUCAAAGUGGCUUUUUUUCAUGGAGAAUGUUAUGCAAGAGAUCCAAGAGAGUCCCUCUGCAAAAAGUCUUUUUAUAAUCAACCACAACGAUGACACUUGUUUGUCCAUAUAUCAGCGCUUUCUUAUAUCACCACAUGUUCACACACACACACACGCACACACACACACACUCUCAAACCGAAUGCAUCGUUUGAAAUGUAUACACUUUAACAUAUUUCUAUAUUGUUAAUUAUGUUUAUACUUCCUGUAAACACCUCCUUUAGGUUACUCAAGCAGGCCGAUGUCUAUGACGCAGAGUAUGGUAAGUCUGAACACAUGAACACUUAGCUUUCCUCAGAUACAUGUGUUACACAGAGAAGCAAAGUAAAUGGAGUAGGAAUAUACUUUCGUUCCUACUCCGUCUGACUGAAUUUGAAGGAGGAGAGAUGAAUUUUUUUGUUUUCUAUUCCAAAAGAAGCUUUAGACGGGACGUACGGGCGUCUGAGUGAGGAACAGCUUCAUGCUGUAGCUGCUUACGCUCACAUCCCCCUGGAUUCUUCUCAACACUGCCUUCACCUGUGCACAUCAUACGCUCGCGGCUCUUUCCGAAUGUUUUUAGUAAAGCAAAGUCGUCUGUACAAAAAGACUGAAAAUAAUCAUCAUCAUCAUGAUAGGUUCAAUCCAGUCCGCGCUUUACACAUUCUAGUCCAUUAUUUAUGCUAUUUCAAUUGCACUGAAUGUACCAAAGGUUCAGGGAUUGGCAUGGGCCUUCCUGAAAUUCCUCCCCCCCCGUCCCUCUUCCUUCACUUCUUGACUUUUUCAUAGUGCUAUUGUCUGUUUUUGCACUCAUCUGAAAGUAAAAAAGAAAAUGUUGAUUA